UCUCUCUCUCUCUCUCUGUGAAUACUGAAUAGAACUAUUUCAUCUCUCCUACAGAGUUUCCAUACAAACAGAAUUAAUUGAAAGCUGAGAAUUGCACGGUUUUUUCUUCUUCUCGUCUGUUAUCUUCAUCAGAUAAAUGAGAGAUGAAAUAACGAUGCCCGAUGCAUGUUUCGUUCAUGGAUACCUACUUCUCUGUAGCCCUUGUUCCCGGUUCAAAUUAUUCGCGACGUGAUAAUCACCAUGGCAACGAGAAAUCCCCUUUCCUCGUCUGAAAAAUCCUUCCUGAAAGUUCCCAUCGAUGGGAUUGAAGACAAAACACAAGAGAGAAAUCGACGCCGGCUAUUUUGUUUGCUCGGUACUCCGAAAUGACCAUGAUUCCUUCUCAAACCCUUUUUAAUCAUCAACACUACGACGGUUAUGGUGGUGGGGGUGGUUGCAGAGAAAAUUGUUAUACGGGGAGUUGCGUUGGUCUUAUGAGCCGAAUAUCAGGGUAUGACCCUUGUAACCAAGCGUGCUUAGGAUCCGAAUCCGAUCUGGUGGUCGGUCAAAUGGCYGAAGACGACUCCAGAACCAGUAGCCUCAACGAAGCCGGCUCCAGCUCCAAGGAUUUCCAACAAGAUCAGAGAGACGAAGGUUGGCUUCAGCUGGGAAUCGGUGAUUACGUGACGGGACGAACCGAGUUUAAGCAUAAUCAGAUGGAACCAACCACUCCAACAGUCAGAUUGGUGGAGCUCGAUCUAUUACCACCCAGCGGCAGCGGCGGCGGCAGUAGUAUUAGCAGCAGCACACAACAAGUUAAACCAUUAUUAAAUCCUUUCUUCCAUAUGAACGAGUUUAGAGGUCAUCGUCCAAGCAGUUCUAGUGGUGGUACCAGUAUCAUCGGUACGCCUUUGUUCUUGCCGCACCCGAGGACCAGUUUGAGUUUUCCUCAACCUGAGGUCCCAUGGGGAUAUAGGCCUAACCGAUGGAAUCCAACAGCUUCAUCCUCUUCUUGUUCUCCGAUGCUGUUGCCUGCAACUUAUUACGCCCGACAGUUUCAACAACCGGCUUUAGACGUUGCCGGUCCGAGCUCAGAUGUUAGAGUCGUCGAGGCUCCUCCGAGAACGCAAUCCGGUGUUUGGUUUAUUCUCCAAGCAUCACAAAAUCAAGCAAGAGAACCCUUCUUGCCUCAGAUACCCAAGAGCUACCUAAGAAUCAAAGAUGGGAGAAUGACAGUUCGAUUGUUGAUGAAAUAUCUGGUUAACAAGCUCAAACUAGAAAACGAAUCAGAGCAGGUAGAGAUAACAUGUAGAGGGCAACAGCUUCUACCUUCCUUGACAUUGCAACAUGUACGAGAUAACAUAUGGAGUUCCAGGGAUGCCUUCACUUUGCUUUCAGAUUCCUCAACUACAGAUCAUGUCAUGAUCCUACACUACGUGUUAUUUAUCGUGAAAACAGGAUCUGCUAUUAAAUAGAAAUAUGCCAAAAAAUAAGGAAGGAAACACGAUGAUCUGUAUAAAGAAAUUGAUGAAAUGAAAAUAUAUCAUGUAAAAGUAGUGUUCUGAGUUCUCAGCGAUAACUCGUAUCAAUAGAGUUAGAAUCCACAAUUUUUGCCUUUGCUAUUUCAUAAUUUUCUGUGUUGUAUUUAAAAGGACUUUUGCUUUCAUUAAUUACUUUAAAGGCUCGAUUUGGGUCAGUUUAUACAUGCCGUAGAUUGCAGGUUUAGAGGAUGAUCAAUGGACAUUUUCAUCCACAGUAACGGGCA